AUGGCUAUUCUAUGUACAACGGCGCAGGGAACACUACACGAGCAGGGCCGGCGCAUCCUGAGACUGAUCCAGGAACCUAACGCCCGAUCGCACAUCAGCUACGAUGACACGGACCCGAUCCCCGACCCGGCUCUGUUCCGGUUCGAUGUGAAGGCAUCAGAUCCGGAGGCGCCUCUACCGACCGUCGCGGAAUGUGCGGCGCACUUGGAGCUACUUCACGCAAUCAACCAUGUGCGCCGGCGGGUGUUGAACUCCACAGAUCUGGACCAGGUCCUCGAUCUGGAGCCGGUGAAGCAGUCCUUUGAGCGGAAUACGGGAUGGACUACGCGUUACACGGUCGAGCUCAGAGAUAAGGGGUUCGCGCAGCGGCGGGAGGCGAAAUGGCCGUUCUACAUGCGGCUUGCGGUCGCGAGAUUCUUCGUCUGGCUGCACAAGAUGGAUAUGCUGGUGUCCAGGGGCCAGACGCUGUCCGUGUGUCCACCACUGGAUGUCCUGAUUGCCUGGCAUUCGGCGCUGCUCAACCCGGCCUGGUUCCGCCAGUACUGCGAGGAGCACCACAUCCGCCAUAUGCGCCAGGUGGCGUUCCCGUGGCAGUUGAUUCAUCAAGCCAUCAACGCAGACUGGGCCCUCACGCUCACGCCGGAUCAAGAAUCCCACUUCAGGUACUUGACCGGCCACGAACCAGACCUCCUGGCCUACCUGCUCGGCCCAAAACACGACGAAGUCGCCCAGCUCCUCCCUCUGAUCUGGCAUGAACCCACCCCUAUCCGAGAAACCCUGAGGCAGGCGCAUCGCGUCGCACGACUCGUCAUCUUCCAGUCCGACCGCGCCUUCGUCGACUCCUGCCAAGCUGCGCUCGCCAUGACAGCGCCAGCGCUGUACCUCACCGCGGCAAUCGAGCGCCAGCGCGUCUUCGUCGACAAAAUGGUCGACUUCCUCUGGGUCCGCAGCCCCGCGGCAGCAGCCACGCUGCGCCGCGCGAUCGACCGCUACGACCACUUCUUGCUGCUGUUCCGCCUCUGUCCGGGGACCGUGCUCGUGCCGACGCUCGACAUCGAUCUCGUGUGGCAUACGCACCAGUGUUCGGCGGCCGUGUACGAGGCGGGCAUGGAUGUCCGCGCGGGCAGAUUCAUCAACCACGAGGACACGAUCCAGCCGGCUGUGCUCCGCACGCAGUCGGAUGAGACCGACGUGCUGUUCCGUCGGUAUUUCGGCCUGCAGUACCAUGUGUGUCUGUGCUGGGAGUGCGAGGCUGUGCGGUCGGCUGUGGAGGAGCUGGGGGAUGAGGAGCUUGGGACGACGGAUUUUGCAGCAUUGGGGGAGAGAACGGCGGAUCGUUUGCUGCAUUAUCGCGUGAAGGAGCUGAGUCGGCGGUAG